AUGACUCCCCCAAUGGAACAUAACACUUCAACAUUAGAAGGUAAAGAUGAAGAGAUUGAUGAAAUGCCUGAAAAGAGUUUCGGCAGCGUGGUGCGGGCUGGGGUAUGCCGAGGUGAUUUCGACAGGAGAGGGUACAUCAACAGGGAUCGCUUACACCUGAGAGGGACUACAGAGCAGCACGUGCCAGAAGUGGAAGUCCAAGUUAAACGUAGGAGGACUGCUUCAUUGAGCAAUCAAGAGUGUCAGUUGUACCCAAGACGUUCUCAACAGCAGCAAGUACCUGUGGUGGAUUUCCAGGCGGAACUAAGACAGGCAUUCUUAGCCGAGACACCAAGAGGUGGUUAAAGCAGUAUUGGAAUAUCAAGGCUCCAUCUACUUUUUGUGAAGCUUCUGCCCAGCUUGCAUUGUUUCUAGGAGUACCUGCCA